AUGGACUUCUCUCUUUCCAUUACUUUGGAUCUGGGCUGCCUCACGAUCUUCACAGUAAAAUUUGGAGCCCAUCAAGUAUUGGUGGUGAACGAUCGGAAGAUAGCCCAAGAUUGCUUAACCACCAACGACAAGGCCUUGGCGAGCCGGCCUAAGGCGUCGGCGGUUGAGCUCUUGGGCUACAACUAUGCCAUUUUUGGGCUUGGCCCAUAUUGGCGAGAAAUGAAAAAGCUAGUAGUACUCGAAUUACUCUCCAAUCAUCGUGUACCAAUGUUUAGACACAUUCGAGAAUUUGAAGUGAAAACGUCCAUCACAACAACAUACGAAAAGUGUGAGAAGGAAAUGAAAGAGAAUGCCAAGGAAACAGAUUAUAUUCUUGAAAAUUGGCUAGUGGAGCACAAGAAGAAGAGAAGUUGCCCCUUUUUGAAGGUGCGGGAGGAAGAUCUUCCUGGUUUUGAUGCUGAUACCAUUAUCAAAUCAACAUGCUUGGCUAUGUUAGCAGGAGGGACUGACAGCACAGUUGUAGCAUUACCGUGGACUCUCAGCUUGUUACUCAAUAACCCUCAUGUAAUGCAAAAGGCCCAAGAAGAAUUAGACAUUCAGGUUGGAAAAAAUACACUAGUUAACGAGUCACAUAUAAAGAACUUGAUCAAUCUUCAAGCCAUUGUUAAAGAAUCGUUACGUUUAUAUCCACCUACACCACUCUUAGCAGCCCAUGAAUCCAUUGAAGAAUGUGUUGUUGGUGGCUACAAUAUCCUGAAAGGUACUCGAGUACUAUUCAACUUGUGGAAGAUUCAACGGGGUCCGAUCGUUUGGUCAGAACCCCAUUUGUACAAGCCAGAGAGGUUCUUGACAACUUAUAAAGAAGUAGAUAUAAAGGGAAAUCAUUUUGAAUUGAUUCCAUUUGGCGCUGGAAGAAGGAUUUGCCCUGGGAUUUCCUCAGCACUAGUGUUGUUGCACUUGACUUUGGCUAACGUGCUACAUGCAUUUAAAAAUUAUGAACCAAAUGACAUGACUGAGAGUUUUGGGAUGACUAACCUUAAAGCUACACCACUCGAGGUUCUCAUUGUUCCAAAGUCAACAUUUCUAGAAUGCCAAAUUAACACUUGA